CUAUGAAUGUUCUAACUUCUAAGCGUUUCUUCAGCAGGUUGAUUAAACUUCUUCUUAGCUCCCCUUGUUGAUCCCACUUCUGUGCUUGUCAUUGAUGUUGGUGACGGAUCUCUCUCUCCUUGAUGAGUAGACACUGAACCUAUCUUGUUAAGCAUUUCAGUCUACUUGUUAUCUUUCAGCUCCUUCACCGCAGCAACACAGCCCACGGCUGUCCAAGCUCUGCUCUUCCUACUCAUUCUAACAAUUACACUAUACAAGCGUCGCCCAUUUUCGAUGCCUGUUGCAUAUAGGCAUAGAUAUUAGAGAGUCUGCAGCUGCAGGAUGAAACUGAAAGCAGUUUCAUUGAGCCAGUGGCCCUUUUUGUUUUCUUCAGCCUGAAAUCCAGGGGAAGAGUGAGUGUCCUCUGCCUUUUGGCGGCCAUUGUACAUGUGCUGGGAACAAGCUCAGGACUCCAAACCUCUUCUUCUACAUGUAACCAACCGCCAGUGUUUGGAAAGUUACAUAUUUGCUAGGGAAUAAACUAGAGUUUUUGUUAUCAUUUUUUUAUCAAGGCCUACUUGGCCCAACAUCCACAGGAGACAUGGGAAGAGUUUCAUGCUCUGUAAGAUUGUGGGUAGUCCAUGAGCAGCAAGAAGCCCACCUUUGCUUCUCAUUAUAUUGCUGAAAUUGCAUUUUGGGGGUUGGAUUGCUGAAGAAUGUCAAACUGAAAUGUUGCAAACUAAAUAAAAUAGAAUUAGAUUCUUUUCUUACAUCAUUUUUGGCAGAUUCUUUAUCUCUCUCUUGCGAUGGUCAUUCACUGCCACCAGACAAGCAUCUCUUUAAUGGAGGAAGAAUACGACUUUACAUCAGAAUAGAUGCAUGAAAAGGGAUAUAUCCACGCACAUACUUGAAUGAAAUUUUCAACAAAAAAAGGAAUAAAAAGCUACAGAGACGAAAGAACCCUCUUAACAGAAUGAGCAACCAAUAUUUUAGCAAUGAGAAAUGAAUAUUUUGCAACUACCAGCAGCCUGAAAUUACGAUGAGCAGAGGCUUCAACAAUUUCAAUCCACCCCCAACUGGGGAUAGGAGAACUGGACGUGACUACGGUAUCUAUGCUCCUAAUAACACUGACUGGAAUUACCCCUCACUUCCCAUGUUUCCUCGGCUCUCUCCUCCCCAGGUCCCUCCGGGUGGAAGCAGAGGGGCUCCCGAUGAUCCAUGGCCACAUGUUGAGGAGACACUGAUACCUUUCCAUUUAAUUGGUUUUCCCAUGCAACCAUAUUCGCCUACGCCAUUCCUUGUCCUCAAUAAUGGCCUUGCAAGGGAGCCCCGUCCAGGAAUAAUGGAGCCAAGAUAUUUUCAGGCCUCUCCUUCCACUCAAGAAGACUCCCGAUUGACCCAAGAUGAGCAAAUGAAGGCACUGAAGAAGUUAAAGAAAGAAAUCUAUAAUCCUGUUCCCAAGAGGAUUUCUAGUAGAUUGUGCUUGUAUUACAGAGACCGAGCUGAAAAGAUUCUCAGUGAAAGGGCAAGGGAUAAAGAAGAGGAUGGAAAGAGGUGUGCAGUUUGCUUAGAAGAUUUUGAGCCUAAAGAGAUGGUGAUGGUAACCCCAUGCAGCCAUAUGUUUCAUGAGGAAUGUAUUGUGCCAUGGGUGAAGAGCCAUGGGCAGUGCCCAGUGUGUAGGCAUGCACUCUGUGACCGAAUUGGAGGAAGCGCUGCAGGACCCUCAAACAAUAACAACUUCCAUGGUUUAUCACCUAAUGAUCUAAUUGCAAUCUUAAGAGCAAUGGGAACCAUGUAAUUCAAAUGUCAAUUGCCGUGAUUUCAAUCAUUGUAUGCCAAUUUCACAUGAAUAAAAAUAAAAGAAAAUGGUAUAUA